AUCGAAACGUAAACUGUUCCUAGCAGAACCAAAGCAGGUUUUAAUAUUAUUCCAGGAUGGCACAGAUUGGCAAAAUUGGGUUUCUUGGCGGGGGCAACAUGGCCAAAGCGUUGGCCAAGGGCUUCUUGGGCGCGGGUUUGACAAAGCCCAGCGCUAUUAUUGCCAGCGUGCAUCCUGCUGAUAAGUUUUCGCUGGAGUCCUUCAAAGCGCUCGGCAUAGAGACUCUGGUCGAGAACGCGCCGAUUGUCCAGCAGUCCGACCUAAUCUUUGUGUCCGUAAAGCCGCAGGUGGUGCCUCAAGUACUUAAGGAGGUCAAAUCGCUGAGCGCCGGAAAACUCUUUCUCUCCGUAGCCAUGGGAAUCACGCUUCAGACGCUUGAGUCCAGCCUGUCGCCGGAGUCACGAGUGAUCCGCGUGAUGCCCAACACCCCGGCACUGCUGCGCUCCGGCUGUUCGGUUUUUGUGCGUGGUAGUCAGGCCACUGAUGUGGACGCACAGGUAACACAGCGGCUGCUUGAGGCCGUGGGCACCUGCGAAGCUGUCGACGAAUCGCAACUGGACACAGUGACUGCACUGAGUGGAAGUGGGCCAGCCUAUGUGUUUGUGAUGAUUGAGGCGCUGGCCGAUGGAGCCGUCCACAUGGGCAUGCCUCGAGACAUGGCGUAUCGGUUAGCGGCGCAGACUGUGUUCGGUGCUGGCCACAUGGUCCGUGAGUGUGGCGUGCACCCGGGCGUGCUGAAAGACAAUGUUACCAGUCCCGCUGGAUCAACAGCGGCGGCCUUGAAGCAUUUAGAACGAUCGGGUUUUCGUGCGGCGGUUGCGGGAGCGGUGGAAGCUGCGGCGUUACGUUGCCGCGAGAUAUCGGGCAAAUAGUUUUAUGUUUCUUAGACCCCCUAGGUUAAGAAUAUUAUUAUUAAUUAUUCAAAUUAUUAAUCGGAAAAUGGAAAUUCCAAACGGUAGAAAAAUGUUAAACAGUUUUAUAGUUUGCAGCAAUGUUUUGCUGAAUAUACUCGAGAUUGAAUUAAAACAAAGAUAUAGUAAAAUUAUUCGGCAAAGAAAACAAUCAUCCUAAUUUAAUAUUUAAGCAAGCUAACUUCGUUUUUAAAAAUUGUCUGAACGUGUUUUCCAAAGACUGUAAAAAACACACAAAACCAAAAAGAGUGUGAUCAUUAAUAUACUUUCUACAACAUUAAUAAAAUAAAUCAAUGUCAGUCGUUAACUGUAAAAAUAUAAA